AUUCAAGAUGUCGGCCGACCUUGUAUCUGGGUCGGUCCCUCCUCUGUAUCGCGAGGUUUAUGAGAUCGUCUGUCCAAAUCAAGAACAUGUCGACCGCGAACUAUUCGUGCAAAUGAUGGUGAAAUCCAGUUUGCCCAAACAAACAAUUAUGCAGAUAUGGGAUGUUGUAGACAGCAACCAAGGUUCACUCACUCGGAAUGGCCUGUACAAAGCUCUGGCGCUCACAGCUCUGGCACAGCAGGGAAAGGCAAUUAAUGAGAAGUUUCUUGACACCUUCUCAGGACAAGAGUUACCUAAGCCGACCCUUGGUGACCUGUCUGACCUGAAAGCUAUGAGUGUAAAGAUGCGACGAGAAAGGAAUCCAAAUGUGCUUGGCUUCAACUACAAUGAAUUGUGUAACCUUGACAUCGUGAAGGUGGAGCUAGUUCCAGAGAAGAAAGGCCUCAUCCUCAAGCACGUGGAGUAUGAGGUGACGAGUCAGCGCUACAAGACAACAGUGCUACGUCGCUAUAAUGACUUUCUGGCAUACCAUGAGCUUCUCAUGCUACGGUUUCCAUAUCGCCUUGUACCACGCCUGCCACCAAAGAAGAUGAUGGGAGCAAAUAGAGAGUUUAUUGAACACCGAAGAAAGUGCCUGCGGAGAUUCCUGAACAUCGUGUCUCGACAUCCCCACAUGCAUGAUGACAAACUUACCAAGUUCUUCCUUACAUUCAAUGGAACAGACACACAACAUAAAAUCAAGGAACAUUUUCGUGGAAUUCCGGAUGAGUUUAUGACGAGUAACCUUGCAAGUAAAGCAAAGGACAUGGUUCCAAUGGACACACAAGUUCAACUGUCCAACAGCAAGGAGCACAUCCGCCUGCUGUUCAGCAGUGUGGCCAAGAUGAAGGACAUUGGAGAGAGGAUGGUUCAGCGGUCGGCAGAGUUUGCUUCAGACAUGCUGCAGUUUGGCAGGGAAUUGAGCUCGCUCAGCAAUGAUGCUACACCUGUGACUGCAUGGGCUACGGGCAACAAUGAUACCUGGCACCAUCUCAAGAAGGGAUUUAAACACCUGUCUGUAGAAUAUGCGUCACUGUCUGACAAGGCAACAGUAAAGGCUGUUGAUGAGGAAGAAGGCGUGGUAGAAAAACUUUCUCUCUUCAUGGACCUAUUGACAGCAUAUCGGGACCUAUGUGAGCGACAUGAGAAGGGUGUACUCAAUGACCACCAGAGAGCCAUCCAGAAGAUGGGGCAGUACAAAAAGAAGAAGAUGUCUGCUACCGUUCAGGGACCAGAGACAGGAGCUGUAGAACAGUUAGAGCAGAAGAUCUUAGAGCAAGAAGGUCAGAUUGCCAACAUGGAGAACCGGAACUAUUACUCGCUCCACUGUCUGCAGAUGGAGACGCAACUCAUACAUGCAAACCUCGACAUCUUCUAUGAGACCUUGCAGUCCAUGACAGAUGUUGAGGCUAAAGCACAUGCUGAGCUUGCAGCAGUAUGGUCAGAAGUGCGGCCGAUCAUCGAAGGUCUCUAUGCAAAUCUGAAAGACAGUUCGCGUCCGUCCUCCCCUACGCGGACGUCUCCAAUCGGCUCCCCUAUGAACAAUCACCCCGGGAUCAGUGCGUGAUAUGUGCCUGUGAUGUGUACCUUGUGAUUGUGUCCAUGUCUCACUGCAAUUUGUUACACAACUCAACACAAAACACCUUCAGAUGAAUUGGAUCUGUUCUG